AUUAGUAUUUCAAUAAACCUAAAUUGAAUAAAUAAUAAAAAUGGGUAAUAAAAGAAAAUUAGUAGUCACUGAAAAGCCUACUUCGCAGUCAACCCCAGUUGAAGUUAUUGCCGAGAAUGUUUCCAGUCAUCCAUUAUGUUUGCAUGGACCUACGUUGUUAUUUUCUAGCGAAAAAGGAAGAUACUUCGCAUGUGCUUCUUGUAGAAAUAAAAAGGAUUGUACCGUGCGCAUUUAUGAAGAGGAUUGGAAGAAAGAGACUGUAAAAAAAAAUAAUGAAAAGUACCGUACACUUAUUCCUAAACUCGAAAAAACUGCGGCAUGGAACCAUUUUAAAGAGGUGAAGUCUAGACAUCCAUCGGACCGAGCUUAUUGCAAUACCUGUCAAGAACUAUAUAUAAUAUCCCAAAGCAGAAAACAUGCAAAGGAUCAUAGAGUAGUGAUGCCUUUGACUGAAGAGCAGCUAAGUCAUCCUACAUCAUUCCUACCACCCUUAGAAGAUGAUCAAAUAGAAGCCCAAUAUAUAUUUACAAAAAAGUCUGUGAGCACUGUGCUUGGGAUAAUGAAAAAUAACAAAAUAAGCAAUGUUUUAUGCAUUGGAACUCCUUCUGUCCACGAAGCGGCACAAGAAAACCCUGAUUAUGACUCUUUACUCUUGGAUUUUGAUACUCGCCACCAUCUCUUCUACCCGGCUAAUAAAUUCUUAUGGUACAAUAUGUUCAACAAUUAUCUUUUUAAUGGAAAUGAAGAUGAAAAAAUAUUGAGGAAAUUUUUCAAGACUUCUAGAGAGAAGGGCAUGUGUAUAGCUAUUGACCCUCCAUUUGGUGGCCGUGUUGAACCAAUAAUUCAAACAAUAAAAGAGCUCUCAGAGUUAUAUAACAAGGUAUGUGAGGGCGAUGGAAAAAUAUUGCCUGUCAUAUGGGCAUUUCCAUAUUUUGCUGAACCUUACAUAACAAACAUGAUGCCGGAAAUUAAGAUGCAUGACUAUCAGGUUGAAUAUCAAAAUCACAAAAAGUUUCAAAACAAGGGUGGUAGAAAGUUUGGAUCUCCAGUGCGCUUUUUCACUAACCUACCAUUUUCAACUAUUGACCUCUCCAAUGAUAGUAGCUACAGGCAUUGUAGUAAAUGCAAAUAUUGGGUGUCCGUUAAAAAUGCACAUUGUAAUAAGUGCAAAGAGUGCACUAGUAAAAAUGGCAUGACAUAUAAACACUGCAACACAUGCAAACGCUGCGUGAAACCAACAUUUAUACAUUGCAAGCAAUGUGAGCGUUGUUGUCUGGAGAAAGGUCAUGUUUGUGGCACAGUUGUUGAAUCGCAGUCUUGUUACACAUGCAAUGAAAAAGGUCACAAGAAAGUUGACUGCCCUCAGGGAAGUGGAGACAUAAAGAAAAGACGUAUCUCUAUUAAGAAAUAAUUGUAAUAUAUAUUUUACAUAUAAAAAAAUUACUGAAAAA